AUGCCCCUUCCUCAGCCAAAGGUGGCGUUGACGGACGCGUGUUCGGUCAUCUUCGACGGGACGCUCUAUACGUACUCGGCCGAUGCAUUCCAGUCACUACCCUUAGAGCCAGGGGCUCGGUGGACGCAGUUACCACAGGGUGAAAAGGUCACGGGCGGAGUGUGUGUCGGGUCAACACCAGGCGACGCGUCGACGGCGGCCUUCUUCGUCGUCGGCGGCAAGGGAACGUCGGACGGGUAUCAGGGCCUGCAGAAAUUCACGUACGCCACGGGGAAGUGGGAGUCAGUAGAGCUUCCCAUGCCUGUGACCCAGGACCGAUUAUGGCACGGCGCGACCUACAUCAACAGCACGGAUUCGAUUCUCAUGUAUGGCGGCGCCCAGGACGGCUCACAGCACCCGUCUCAGCAGACAUUUACCAUUGGCGCCUCGGCGCCAUACACCGUCUUGUCUUUCAACUCGGUCGCGCCUCCUACCAUCAACCCUAUUCUCCUUUCGUGGUCUGCUACCGAGGCAGUGCUCAUCGGCGGGAGUACGUGGAACACUAAAAUCACCAUUUUUCGCCAGCCAGACUGGAUCGACUCAGGGGCAUCCCUAGCGGAGCCGCUGCAAAAAGAUGUUUCUGCCAUCAAGGCUGUCAUCAUAAAUGGCGACGAUGGGUCAAGAAGCUUACUUACUUUUGACAUGACGGUCUCGCCGAAUUCGGUGCACCGCUCUGUUUUGUUCUCGGCUGGAGACGUCCCGGUUGUCAACUCUCCAGCGAUCAAGAGGAGGACGUCUGGAGGGGGCCAUCGUAGCUUGGAGAGCGCGAGAAGAGACGCCACGCCGCUGACAGUGGCCAACUGGCCCGAUUACAACUCGACGCUGGCCCCGAAAGUUACGAGGAGUAACUAUGCGCUGGCACAAGAUCCCAACGGCUUGGUCGUGAUUGCAGGUGGAAACCAGGACGACAUCCUGUGCAUGUUCGACGCGAGGGAAAACAGCUGGCAGAAUGCGACGGCCAAGCUGGUGGACCAGAAGCUGCUCGCAAGCGAAGCCUCGUCGACACAGUCAUCACAAACGGCGACAUCGACGGCUACGACAAGGCCCACAACUUCUCCCACAUCCGCAGCAGCAAGCAUUACCGCCCCCGUAGCGGCGACGCAAACGCCUGCCGCAACCACGCUGCCGGCGGCCUCAGAGACCUCGGGAUCUGGAACCACUACGAUUCUCGCCGCCGCGCUCGGGUCCAUCUUUGGGUUGGCCAUUGUCUUGGCUGGACUGUACUGGUGCAUACAUAGGAGACGGAGGCGGAACGCUCAUAUCGAAGCAGGCCAUAUGAGGAGAGCCAGCGGCGCAUCGUCGGACGAAAAGGCAGGCGUCAAGUUUGCAAACGACAGCUUGCCACAAAUUAACAGCGGCCUCGGCGUCUUCCGCGGACACCAGCAACAAGACUCGCAGGGCUCCUUCUCAUCCAUAGCCAUCCUGAUGGGCCGCCACAACCAGCAGAAGCCGGGACAGUCGGCGCCCAUGCGUAACCUCAGCAGCAACACGAACCACAGCAGGCGUAGUUCCGAGGACAGCACGUUCAGGGCGUUCAAGAGCACCAUCAGCAAGCCGAUGCCCCAGGUCGCCGAGACGGCCAGGACCAUAACGCCGCCUCCAGCACGGCAACCAGCCCGUGAUGACAAGGGUGUCUCGUUCGCUCCAAAUACUACUGAGCCCAGGCCGCGGAAUCCGUCAGCGGCGGCCGCCAUCGACCGCCAGGGCAGCAUGAGGCGGAGUUCUGGGUGGAACAGGUACUGGUCCGGCGGGUCGGCUUUAAACCUACUUGGCUUUGGUAACGGCGCCAACGCCAACAACAGGAACAGUAACACAAACAAUGCCAACGGCGGCGCCAACCAGGCCUCGCGGAGGAACACGGUGGCAUCGGACCGGAGCUCCAACUACAGCAAUCAGCACCGCAUCACACAAGACAGCGCCACCGUACCGCCCUUGCAUAUCAACGAACCGCGGGCCUCGUUCAGCCGGGUCGCCGCGCGCAGUCCCAACAUUGCCAUGUACAACGCCGAGAUCAAGGAGGGCAUGACGGGCCAGAUCGAGAUGGAGCGGCCCGUGAGCGCCGUGAGCUCCGUUUCGGGGUAUUCGAGCGGCAUUCCUGCCUCGGUGCACGAAGCGUGGGAUCCUACGGAGUUCGCGUUUCCGAAACCAUGGGGCGCCGACCGGGCACCGGCGAGCACCUAUACCGGCACCGAUGCCGCCUCUUCGGCCCCCUCGUCCCAGCUGGCCCGACAGCAGCAGGCGGUCCGCGAUGACAUGAGCUGGCUGAAUCUAGGCGACGGCCGGUGA